GAGCCUGUAGUAAUGGUUCGUAUAUACCUAGGUUACAUUCCAAAAUAUCAUUUUUAAGGACAAUUUUAUUUAAUACUUUAUAGUUCACAUAUUGCAUAUAUUAUAAGAUAUUGAGUAAAAUUUUUUUGUUAAAAAGACGUGUUGGAAUGCAAUCCUAGGCUACCGGGUUUCGUUCCUAAAUUCAUCUAAAACUGUUUAAACUGUUGUGUCGCUGACUGUACAAGUGCGCUAUGCAGCUAACACAAAAAGUAUCUUUAUGAGUGACAGACUUAACGUCUGCUGUAGCAGCAUGAUGUAACCUUAUAAGAAUAUUAAUAAAUUGACGCCGGUGAUGAGAAGACAUGGUUGAAGAUAAGUGUCGAAGAUGCUGACAGCAACACAGGGAGGACGAUGUUCAUUUGACAACACAACUUAUCUUUAUCGAUAUAUUAUACGUGCCAAUAGUAUCAAAAUCGGUGAGCCUUCUGACGUUCGAACCUUCUGAUAUUUUCAAGUACGCUUUCCAUCCUUCCUGCUUUACAAAGAUAUCCACCGUGGUUUGCUACUCCAAUUUUGAAGCGUUUUGUGGUCUCAAAAUACUAUUUUCAUUUUGCAUAGCGCUGUCGUGUGGCAAAGACACAAUGGCACACUUUUUCGAGAUAUAUGGACGAUUCUGCGCCGGUCAUCCUCUAGAGGUGAUUGUGGCGACCUUCACUUUGACGGCAUGCAUGCUCAACAUGGAGACAGGAAACAAUAUACUACGCGAAGGAAAUUUCAAAAAUCAAAUCAACGUUACGCGUUGUCGUCACGGCAAAUGCGAUAACGAUGAACAGAAAGCUGUGGAUAUUAUAGUGAUGACGAUCAUACGCUGUUUCGCUGUACUGUUCACCUAUUACUUAUUUCGCAAUCUACAAAAAAUGGGAUCUAAAUACGUUUUGGGAAUCGCCGGCCUGUUUACCGUAUUCUCCAGCGUAGUGUUCACCAGCACUUUAGUGAAUUUCGACCGCAGUAAUGUUUCGGAUUUAAAGGACGCUUUAUUCUUCUUUUUACUCCUGAUCGACCUUUCAAAGGCUGGCACUUUAGCGAAGUACGCACUGAGUUCAAGAAGUCAGGAAGAAGUUAAGGCGAAUAUAGCACGCGGCAUGUCGCUUCUGGGACCAAGUAUUACUCUCGACACUAUCGUGGAGUUUCUUCUUAUCGGCAUAGGAUCGUUAUCGGGCGUCAGAAGGCUAGAAGUCAUGUGUACCUUCGCGUGUUUGGGUGUCAUCGUCAACUAUAUCGUGUUCAUGACAUUCUACCCGGCUUGCUUGUCGCUUAUAUUAGAGCUCUCUCGCGGAAAUAACAGUAUGGGACAACUGAGCGCGGAUAAGAGGUUCAUAAUACAAUUAUUGAACGAAGAGGACCAAAAGCCGAACCCCGUGGUACAACGCGUCAAAACGAUCAUGAUUUUCGGCCUAUUUGUGGUGCACGCCAGCAGUCGUUGGCCUUUUAAGACUGAAGAAACUGAGCACACAGUGGAAGCAGUAACAGCAUCCGUAAGAUCGGACGUAACCAAUGGCUCUUACAAGACUGAGAACUCCGAACUGACCGGACACUUGAUAAAUUUACUGACCGUUAGCGCGGAUAAUGUUGUGAUACUGAUUCUUAUGUUGGCGUUGUCGGUGAAAUUCAUUUUCUUCGAGGAUAGGAACGACGUUACGAAACAGCCGAAAAUAAAGAAAGGAGAGGUAGAAACGGAGGAGGCUGAAGCAGAGCUCGAUAGCCUCGCCUUGUAUGACGUGAAUACAGCUGCCAUGGACAUGUCCUUGCGACAGCGAUUUGGGGGAGAGACAUUACCGUCGAUCCAGCAGCCCUCGAUUUUCCCGCUCUCUGGAGUUGGUGGCGGAUGGAUCGAAGAUGACAACGAAAAGGACGUGGACUAUUCGGACAAGGAAGUGCAAACCGACGCGAAAUACUUCAGUGCAUACGAAUCAGGCAAUGAAAACUCGUCACCGAAGAUAUCUGAAGUUCCUAGAAGUGUAGAAGAAUGCCUGGAAAUAUAUAAGUCUGAGCUUGGAGCUAACGCGUUGACGGACCAAGAAGUGAUCCAGUUGGUGAAACAGAAGCACAUAGCUGCCUAUCAGUUAGAGAAGGCCGUAGACGACAUGGAGCGCGGUGUUAAGAUCAGACGCUUGGUGAUCGGCGCCGCUGGGAAUUUUACAGAGGAAAUGGCCGAGUUACCGUACAAAGACUACGACUAUAGUAAGGUGUUGGGUGCAUGCUGCGAAAAUGUAAUCGGGUAUAUGCCCAUGCCGGUCGGAAUCGCGGGGCCGUUGUUAAUCGACGGCAAACUGUAUUAUGUGCCAAUGGCGACUACUGAGGGCUGUCUGGUGGCGUCUACCAACCGCGGCAGUCGGGCGUUGAUGAAGUGCGGUGUGACAAGUCGCUUAGUGGCAGACGGUAUGACUCGCGGACCGGUUGUGCGAUUCCCGAGCAUUGUCCAGGCGAGCGAGGCUAUGUCGUGGAUGGAGCAACCACAAAACUUCAAGGAUAUGAAGAGCAGUUUCGACCAGACCAGCCGUUACGCUCGGCUGACGCGAAUUCAUGUGCGCAUGGCCGGCCGACAUCUGUUCGUACGUUUUGUCGCGAAGACCGGCGACGCGAUGGGCAUGAACAUGCUGUCAAAGGGCACCGAAAAGUCCCUCCAGACGGUACAAACCCACUUCCCAGACAUGGAGAUAGUAUCGCUCAGUGGUAACUUUUGCACCGACAAGAAACCUGCGGCCGUCAAUUGGAUCGAAGGUAGAGGCAAGAGCGUGGUGUGCGAAGCGGUUGUGCCAGCGGACGUCGUCACGAAUGUGCUGAAAACAUCAGUGCACGCGCUCGUUGACCGAAACAUCAUCAAGAACAUGGUUGGCUCCGCCGUAGCUGGUAGUAUAGGCGGCUUCAACGCGCACGCUGCGAACAUCGUGACAGCGAUCUACAUUGCCACUGGACAGGAUCCCGCGCAGAACGUUGGUAGCAGUAACUGUAUGACGCUGAUGGAACCUUGGGGCGAGGAAGGCAAAGAUCUUUACGUGUCUUGCACAAUGCCCAGCCUAGAGAUCGGCACAGUGGGCGGUGGUACAGGUUUACCAGCGCAGGCAGCAUGCCUGGCUAUGCUGGGUGUGAAGGGCCCACACACCACAAAACCCGGUGAGAACGCCAGCAAUCUUGCCCGAAUUGUUUGCGCCACUGUGCUCGCAGGAGAGCUGUCUCUGAUGGCUGCGCUAGUUGAGGGACAGUUAGUGAAGAGUCAUCUUAGGCAUAACAGGUCAUCUGUCACAGUUAGUAAUUCGAUGAACAUUGUCCAUAAUAAUACUGGUGUGAAGCUAACUGUGCCAUCUUCGCAUAAUCUUUGUGUGGAUUACAUGCAGAAACAUUAAUAUAUUUUAUUCAGUUAUAUAGACCGCUUGUUUUUUCGUAUUUGCGUCACUUGUGUCGCAUAUACUAAAAUUGUGUAUUAAUUUGUUUUUCAUAUGUCGAAUGUGUAUAUAUAUGUGUAAGGGCAUACAUAUGACAUAUAUAUGAAAAUUAUCUCAUAUGUACCGUAUGUAUAUAAAUAUAAAUAAAUAUAUAACGUUAGAAGCAAGAAAACGUUAAAUAUUCUUACAAAAUAUCAUGUUAAUUUACAGUAAGUUUACAGUUAAUUACUGAUCGUUAGAACAAAAGAAAAACGUUCGGAUUAUUUUACAGAUUUGAUCGAUCGUUUACAAGUGUCGCUUUAUUAUAUUGUCUCUUUAUUUCAAGGUAUUUUGUAAGAAUUUUUCGCAUGCAUUUUCUCGCUUCUGAUGUUAUUAAAAAGAGAUGAACGAUAUAUGUUUAGGAGUCUUAAGGUUCCUUUAUACCUCGCCGGCCAUGUCGGGUUUGUGACAACAGAAGCAAGGAGUGACAUACCGACGGAAGUCGGUUUGCGUACCAUUUUUUAAUAAAAAUAAAUAUAAACGAAA